UUUUGACAUCUCGAUUUACGAUUGCUCGUGUCAUUGUGGAGUUCAUUUUGUUGGUGAAUUUUGUAAGGAAAAAUAAGUGAAAAAUGGAAGAAAUCGGUAUCAUUUUGCCCGAAAAAGACGACCAAACCACUGAUGCUAAGGGACUUUCUUUUGCUGGUCCCCAAUCGUUUGAUGAACUAGAGUCUGAAGAUUUAUAUACAAAAUACAAGAAACUACAACGCAUGCUGGAGUUUCUAGAGGUCCAAGAAGAGUACAUAAAAGAUGAACAAAGAAACCUAAAGAAAGAAUACCUCCAUGCACAGGAAGAAGUGAAACGUAUACAAUCCGUACCACUUGUUAUUGGUCAAUUUUUAGAAGCUGUUGAUCAAAAUACUGGAAUUGUUGGUAGUACAACAGGAUCAAAUUACUAUGUGCGCAUUCUGUCUACAAUUGACCGUGAACUGUUGAAACCAUCUGCAUCAGUUGCGCUCCAUAAACAUUCAAAUGCUCUUGUGGAUGUAUUACCACCAGAAGCUGACAGUUCAAUAUCUAUGUUACAAGCAGAUGAGAAGCCCGAUGUACAGUACUCUGAUAUUGGUGGUAUGGAUACACAGAAACAAGAGAUCAGAGAAGCAGUGGAACUGCCUCUCACCCAUGUAGAACUCUACCGACAGAUUGGUAUUGAACCUCCUCGUGGUGUUCUCAUGUAUGGACCGCCUGGAUGCGGAAAAACUAUGUUGGCCAAAGCUGUCGCACAUCACACUACUGCUGCAUUCAUUCGUGUGGUUGGAUCUGAAUUUGUACAGAAGUACCUAGGCGAAGGGCCACGUAUGGUACGAGAUGUGUUCCGGCUUGCCAAAGAGAACAGUCCUGCUAUAAUUUUUAUUGAUGAAAUCGACGCCAUCGCAACAAAAAGAUUCGAUGCACAAACUGGUGCUGACAGAGAAGUGCAAAGAAUUCUUCUCGAGUUGCUGAAUCAAAUGGACGGUUUUGAUCAAACUACUAAUGUGAAGGUUAUAAUGGCGACAAACCGUGCCGAUACUUUGGAUCCUGCCCUGUUGCGUCCCGGGCGUCUAGACAGAAAAAUCGAAUUUCCACUACCAGACAGACGCCAGAAGCGUCUAAUAUUCUCCACGAUCACGGCGAAAAUGAAUCUUUCUGAGGAAGUGGAUUUGGAAGAGUUUGUAGCGCGGCCGGAUCGUGUUUCUGGUGCCGACAUUAACGCCAUCUGUCAGGAAGCUGGCAUGCACGCUGUCAGGGAAAACAGAUAUAUUGUUCUACCUAAGGACUUCGAAAAAGGCUAUAAGAACAAUAUCAAGAAAGAUGAAAGCGAAUAUGAAUUCUAUAAAUAAUUAUUCCUUGUUUGUACUAAUAAAUAAACAUUUUGAUUUCAAAGUAACUAGAAAAUAAAUAUAAACUAAUAAAAUGAAAAUA